CCAAUACAGAAACAAUGGCCGCCGCCUGGCGUUUGUUUUGAAAAAAAAAUACAAAUCCGCGAGUGAGAAAGUUUUUCGUGAUUUAGUAUGUUUAGCGGAGGGUAAAUAUUUAUUAUAAAAUGGGGUUGGGGGAAGGAGGAGGAGAGGAGAAACCGAAGCGAACCAGGAAUUCUCUCGGAUUAUCGAAAGAAAAAGCACAAGACGAAUCUAAAAGAUCUCGUGUGCACGCUCAGCGUAAGUUUGCCCAGGGUGCCGGGGGUCUGAGCCCCCACGUCAGUCCCAUCAAGGAGUUCAGAGUCAGACCUAGAGAUAAUGGAUCUUCUAGUUCUUCAAGUUCAUCAGGUCCAACUGUGUUGGCGAAGGGUGAACGUCCUAAGACAGAAGACUUCUUAACUUUUCUUUGUCUCCGAGGAACUGAACAUCUUCCACCAGAACUAGACUUUUUUAAUCAGGUUACCGUUACAAGUACUGCGGCAACUAGCGACGAUUCUUUCGGUGAAAGCGACGAGGACAAGAGGGAUCCCGAGGUCGAUAAGAACGGUGUCGCGAGGAAGUCUGUCGCGAAGAAGAACGUGAAGGAGAAGAAGAAGGUAGAGAGCGGGACGUCUACUCCUGUAGGGAGGAAGAAGGACGGAUUGAAGAAGGACCAGGUGGAGACGGGAGGACUGAGUCGAGCCCAGUCAAGGGACAGUGCGUCCUCUGUCGAGAGGACGGCGGAGAAGCGACAAACGAGGUCGAAAGCGGAAACCGCCUCUCCAAAUUCCAAGGCCAGCGCAAAGAAUGAAUCUGAUCGCGGUCAGCGUGCCCGGGCUCGUGGUAUUGCCAAACAGAAAGACGAAUCUGAGUCCUCGGACGAUAGUUCGUCGGAGGUGGACGAACCGGAGGAUAAAGGUGGACGGCGGAGUAAAGUUGAUAAAAGUGAAUCUGAGGCGGAUGCGGAUGAGGAAGCCUCAUCUCGUGAAUCCAGUCAGAGACCUAAUACGAGGAAAUCUGAAGGAGGUUUGGCGAAAGCAAAAGCAUCUCCGCUGUCUCGCUUACAGCAGAGGGAAGCUAGAUCUAACAGCCAUGACAGCAGUGGUUCCAAGGAAAGUAUUCAGGCCAGUGUCCGCCCCUCCAGGAAAACGAAAGAAGCAGCAAAGAACUAUCUGAACCUGCUGGGGCAGAAGCUAGCGAGUAGGCGGAAGGACGACGAGGGGGUGGAGCCCCCCAGUAGACAGAGGAGGGAGGAGGAGUGGAUUGAUGAGAACAAGAAGAAGGAGGCGAGGAGGGAGGAGGAGGAGAGGAAGGAGAAAACUAAAGAGGAAGAAGAGAAGAAGAAGAAGGAAGAAGAGGAGAUUGUCGAAACACCGUCGCCGGUUGAGGAGGAGAAGUCGAAUGACAGCAGUAGUAAAAGUCCUAAAGGAGAGAGGAAGCGUGAAGUAAAGAAGGAGAAGAAGGAGAAGAAGAAGAACAAAACAAGUUUAAAGGAUUUACAGAAUAUUCUCCUAGAGGAAGCUAAGAGGAAUAUUGCAGAUAGCAAUCCACUUCUUAGUGCUGUCGCUAUGGUUAGCGGAGGAUCUCCUGCUGACUCGGAUACUCCGGAGUCAGAGGAGAGAAUAACCAUCUCCCACAAGACCGGAUACAUCAACGUCAAGCCGAGGGUCUCCAUCGACAACAUGGCCGACGAAUCAUCCUUCGAACCCUCCAGUCCGGCGCGUCGCAGCUCCCUCUCCGGUCCAAACGGCCGCCGAUUGUCGAAAUCCUCGGAUGGUCGAACUAGUACACCGCCGAGGAAAAUCCUGCCGAAAACAGAAGAUACAGAUCGAUCGACAGAGUCACCGGCCAAUCGGACGAAUCAUUUGCCGGUCGGGGUAAUGGGCGCCGCAGGGUUGUCGAGUAGAAUGUCGAUGGGUUCUGUAGUUAUGUCGAAAUCAACAAUUGUCGCUUCCUCUAAUAUGUCUUCUCCGGUCACAAUCAUAGGUUCGGACAAAUCAAUUGUUCCUGUGAGCAUGCAAACUUUAAACAUUCCUGGAUCUGUUCCUCUCUCCGUUCCAGGGUCCAUUCAAAGCGUUCCAUUGAAUAUUCCUGAUCCAAUCAUGUCUCAGACUAUCAUUGUUCCUGGAGGACAACAAAACCAAAUAAGAAUGCCGCUGCAGGUUUCCACUAUACCUCUCCAGGUUGGGAUGCAAAGUGUUGACCUGCAGAAUGUUCGUCAGGCUGUACAGGUCGGAGUUCGUCCUUCCACUGGUCAGAUAGAUUAUCAGGGUAUUCCAAUAUUAUCUUCUGGAGUUCAGUUUGUUCAGCAAAACCAACUUCAGCAACAACAACAACAGCAGAUGUCUCAGACUAUUGUAACGGUGCCAAAUUAUGUUCGUCCUGGAUAUAUUUACUCCCAACCCAUCCUGAAUAACUCCAUGUCCCUGCAGAACCAGGGACGGAUCAACCAAACCAUCAACGUCUCCGUGUCAGGGAUGAACCAGUUGAGCACCAACAUGGUCCCACUGUCCGUGAGUCAGGCUCCGGUACAGGAGUACGGUGUAGCUACCCUACCCCAGACAAUCACAAUGCCGUCAGGAACUACCAUUCAGUACAAUGUCACGCCGGUCAGUUUGAAUCAACCGAUAUCUACCGGUGCACCGGUCAGUCAGUCCCGGUCCGGGAGUAUACCCGCCGUACCGGUGUUUACCGCUUCCACUAGUAUUAUAGCAACUAAUAAUCCGCCCCUGCUAUCUCCAGGCCCACCCACCCUUUCCCCUCAGAUAUCCGCCAGAUCAAUACCCUCCACGGCGGUCAAACACGUCGCCAAGUUAGACAAUGGACCGCCGCUGUUAACACCUCCGGUUCGGAAGUCGGAACAGUUAACCAAUCCCACGGCGGAAGGGGCGGAAGUUCAAUCCCAACCUCUGCGCCCCCUUCAAAGCCAGGGCGGAGACUCCGCCUUUUCUCGAAGCACAACAUCACAUUCCAACCGAACUACGCCGGCUCAGGCAGUUAUUCGGACUCCGUCCGUUCACACCGCAUAUACUCAGGCGAAUACCUAUCCCAAUAUGGCGGGCUCGUAUCCGGCUCCGCUCCAGGUUGAUCCCUACCAGGGAGCAGCUCAUCAUACCUACCAGAGCCCUUAUCAUCAACCUAGUCCUAGCGGAUCCUAUCAUUCCCCGCAGGAUUAUAUACAAGGAAUUGCGAUGGGAUCACCACAUCAUAAUCCUUUGGGAUCCCCUAAUCGAAUGGGAUCAUCACACGGGAAUCCCAUGGGCUCGCCGGGUAGUAAUCCCAUGCUUUCUCCGCAUAAUCACAAUUUAGGAUCUCCCAACCAUCACCCAAUGGAAUCAUCUCCGCAUAGGUAUCCAAUUGGCUCCCCGCCCCUCUAUGCCAGUGCUCCACCCCUGGCGUCCCCCGCAUACCCUGGAGCUUAUCAACCGACCUACCCCGCCUCUACAGUGCAAUACAACUACCCUAGUCAACCAGCUCCACCCCCUCCUGCCCCCAUCCAACACUCCCCUCUCACCCCCUCCAGUUCACAGUAUAGAAACCUGGAGAAAUCCCGUCAGGAGGGAUCCAGUUUUUCCGGAGAGAGUAAACCUCAACCUAACCCUGUCUCCAGUAGCAGUAUUAAUACACAAUCUAUUAUCCAGGUUAAAGAAGAGUCUUUAUCUCCGACCCGUGAUAUUAAACCGCCGGAAACAAUUUUAAAAGACUCAAAACCUUCCACGGAGAAGUACUCCUCAAUGACUAAGAAAAAAUCUGAAAAGUUUGGAAAAUCUAAAACUACUUCCCUGACGCACAAACCUAUUACGCAUUUCAAUGUUGAGGACGAUAAAAGUAGUCCGUACGCAUUUGACUUUGAGAGUUCGGAGGCAACUCCUCAGAUUCCGUUUAGAAAAUCCUCUUCUCCGCUUAAACCUCCGUCGAUGAUCAAGAAAUCAAAAGUCAACCUUGCUGCAGGUAAAGGUGUUGACAGAAGCUGGAAUACCCCUGUCUCCGAGACCUCCAAACCCCAACCUGGAAAUUCCAACUCCCGAACCUCCAGCAGUAACCGGGAGGAUCGGAGGCAGGAUGAGGACGGGAGUUCAAGUGACAACGAAACAACAUAUUUCAUCCCGCUGCAAACCUCGGGUCAGUCCUUUGGUGUGGCGGUCAAGCUAGGUACAGACGGUCCUAGCGGUCCUAAUCAGAAGGUGAUAAUGACCGCUAAGCUGGUGACAAACCCCUCGAAGAAACCGAUGAAUGCGAAGAUACUCGGGAGUAAAACGACGGAGUCUAAGAGUAAUCAUUCUCCGCUGGAGACGGAGGAGAGGUUGAGUAGUACUCCGGUUAAGGAACCAAUUACUCCGAGAAAACUUCGGAUGCCAGUAGCUAGUCCUAUAUCUCCUAGUUAUCCCUUGGAUUCAAGUAUAUCACCUAUAUCGGAUAAACCUAGACCUAGGAUGCGUCGAACUGAUGACGGAAUUGACUUGCAACCACCUUCUGUUCAAUCCAAGGAGCCUUUUCCUACUGGCGGGAAGAAGCGUCCAAUAUGUUUGAUCGGAAAUGUAAACACUGGAAACCGGUUUCCUCGUCUGGGUCAACACGCGCAGAUGAUGGAAGCUCCAACAUUCCGGCCAACCGAGGCCGAAUUUCAGGACCCCAUCCGCUACAUUCAGAAGAUUCGGCGACACGCUGAACAGUUCGGCAUAUGCAAAAUCGUCCCUCCGCCCAGCUUCAAGCCGGAGUGUAAUGUGGAGGACGAUUUACGGUUCACGGCGUAUAAUCAGUAUAUUAACCGAAUGUUCAGUAGAUGGGGUCCUAACUCUAAAGAAACUGCUGCUAUCAAAAAGUACCUGGAGACUCAAAAUGUGGACACUCGAGCCCACCCCCUGGUUGGUGGGCUUGAGGUCGACCUCCCCGCCCUCUACCAUGCCGUCCAGAGCUUCGGCGGCCUCUCAGAGGUUAUCCAAAAGAAGAAAUGGGGUAAAAUUGCGGAAUAUCUGCGCGUGGCGCGCGGCACCCAUGCUUCGGGGAGCAAGUUGGAUGAUAUGUAUGUAAAAUGGCUGCUUCCGUACGAUACUUUGUCAAACGUUGAAAGAGAAGAACUCUUAAGAUUAGUUGAGGAGGAGUGGGCCGAGCAGAGCAGAGACAGGGCGGAGAAGUCUAGGUUGAAAGAGGAGAAUACAGAACUAGACAACCAGGAGGAUGAGGACGAAGAAGAAGAGGAAGAUGAUAUGGAGGCGGUUGUAAAGGGGAAAUCCACCAGUUUAGCGGCAUUUUAUAGAUUAUCAAGAAACCUGCUUUCAACAGUUUUUAGGGAUGUAGAGGACCCAGCUCCACAUGAGGCUGAGGACGAAUACUGGAAGAUUGUGGCGGACAAGGACGUUCAUAUGCAGGUAUGCCAGGGUAGUAUUGAUACUGGUAUACUGGGAUAUGGGUUCCCUGUUAGAAACUCUCAGUACUCCACCCACCCCUGGAACCUCAAGAACCUAACAAAGAACCAAAGAUCUGUUCUCCAGGCAAUGGGAAGUGUAAUGGGAGUAACCGUUCCAACCCUUCAUGUUGGUAUGCUGUUUACCAGCAGUUGUUGGUACAGAGAUCCACAUGGUUUACCCUGGAUAGAAUACCUACAUACAGGGUCUGCUAAGAUCUGGUAUGGUAUCCCUGAUCAUCAUUCCUUGGCCUUCUAUACUGCAAUGAAACAGUUGGUUCCAAGUUUCUGUAAGAACCGUAAGAUCUGGUUACCAAGUGAUACAACCAUGGUGUCUCCGUCUCUUCUCGUCAAACACGGCGUCUCAGUCUCAAGGGCAGUUCAGCAGCCCGGUCAGUUCAUUGUUAUCUUCCCCAGGUCGUAUACGAGCAGUGUUAGCACAGGGUACUGUGUCUCUGAAUCUGUUUACUUUGCUACCAGUAGUUGGCUAGAUGAGGCAGACAUCAUCUUUCAGGAUAUCAAAGACUCAAUGGAGCCAAUGAUGUUCCCGUUGGAGAAAAUGUUGUUUGCAGUUUCUAAAUUCAAAGGAGCGACAAAAAAUACAUUACUGAAUAUUAAACCAAAGAUUGCUUUGAUUGUUAGUCGGGAAAUAGCUCUCCGAGAGAAGAUUGCUGGUUUAGGAGUUAAGAAGUUUGAACGUUUAAAGCUAGAGAGGAAAGGGGAGGAGGAUGAUGAAUAUGAGUGCGCAGUCUGCAAUGCAAACCUUUAUCUAUCACUGAUCGGAAAUGAGGAAGAAGAAUCAACCUUCUGCCUGCUGCAUGGUAUUCAGCAUAUCCAGGGGAACAAGAAGAAGUUGAAGCAGUGUAUGUUUAUGUUUAAUUAA